AUUGUGUUCCUAAAAAAAAUAAUGCUUUCUUUUCACACAAAUGAAAAUGGACGUUUUGAGGGGUCAUAGCGUCAUUCUCAUAGAAAGCAAGAAAUUAGGGUUUCAUCUUAUUAGGAUUAGAUGAAUCAACAAUACAAAAAGAAGAAUUUCCGGAGAAGGAAUUGUUAUGAUUCAGAAGAUGGAGGAGACGGGGAAAGCUCCGUUACCACCAAAUCGGAGGAGGAGGAAGAAGAGCACAGGAUGGCAUUGGAGGAGGUAAAAUUUCUGCAGAAACAGAGGGAGAGGAGGGCCGGAAUUCCUGCAGUUCCUCCAGUAUCGUCGCAGACCACCACCACCGGUGCUGGCGGCGCUAGCAGCGGCGGCGGUCUUGUUAGGAAAUCCACUGACGCCAGCAGUAAAAUUGGUGGCGGCGGGGGCAAUAAGAAUGAAAACGCGGGAGGCGAAGGCGACAAGGAUGAUUUGGUCCUUCAGGAUACCUUCGCUCAGGAAACUGCCGUCAUGGUUGAAGAUCCCAAUAUGUUGAAGUAUAUCGAACAAGAACUUGCAAAGAAAAGGGGAAGGACUGUGGAGACUGAAGCCGCUGAGAAUGAUUUGAAACAGGCAGAAGAUGAACUAUACAAAAUCCCAGAGCAUCUUAAAGUGAAAAGACGAAAUUCUAAUGAAAGCUCCACUCAGUGGACUACAGGGAUUGCAGAGGUUCAGCUUCCAAUCGAAUACAAGUUGAAGAACAUUGAGGAAACCGAGGCCGCUAAAAAGCUUUUGCAGGAAAAGAGAUUUGUGGGUCGGUCGAAAUCAGAGUUUAGCAUCCCCUCAAGUUAUAGUGCUGAUUAUUUUCACCGUGGCAGGGAUUAUGCUGAAAAACUUAGAAGAGAACAUCCUGAGCUAUACAAGGAUAGAAGUUUGCAAGAUGAUGGUUCUGGCUCCAAACCAACUGAUACUGGUGGCUCAGAGGCUGCAGGGCAAAGGCAGGCUGCCACAGAUGAGUUCAUGUUAGAACGCUUCCGGAAACGGGAACGCCAUCGUGUUAUGCGGAGAUAACACACUUCUCAAACUGCUGUUUCUGGAAGUAACCUACUUGAUAAAUUAACCAUCAAGGAUAACGAUUUUGGUCCUACAAAUAUCCUUUCACAUCAUGAUGGUGAUCUCAGGACCUCAGGUUAUAGAGGAAAUGAAAUUCAUUCUUAGUUCAUAGUUGUAAAGUCGGCUGACUGAGUUAUGAUUCAAAGUGACUUUUGGAUACACUGAUAUUGACAAUGUGAUUUGCCUAUGUUUGGCCUAUCUAAUUGUGUUUUUGUUUA